UAAACUUGAUGAAUUUUUAAAAAUAUGAAAAAUUAUGGUACAUUAUUUUCUAUUGGUAGUGCCGGAUUUCUGAAAAGAAAAAGUCAGUUUGAAUAUAGAUUUAUACAUAAUAUUAUUUUUCAAAAUUUACAUUUAAUAAAAUUCAAUUAUCUAAAAUAUAAUUUGCAAAAUGUAGUUCUUUUGAAAAAAAAUAGUAAUAAGCUUGUUAAUAGAAUUCUUUUUGUAUUUUUUAGGAAAUACUCAUCAGAUCUUACAAUUAGAAAAUAUCACCAAUUAGCUGAUAAUACUAUAGAAAGGAUCUUAUAUGCAUUAGAACAGAUGCAGCAAGAUUAUCCUGAAAAGACAAUAGAAGUUGAAUAUUCGCAAGGCGUUCUUACACUUGAUCUUGGACAUUAUGGAACUUAUGUUUUAAAUAAACAGCCACCUAAUAGACAAAUAUGGGUUUCAUCCCCAAUAUCUGGGCCAAAAAGAUAUGAUUGGAUACCAUCAAAUGAUGAAAAGGACGGAAAAUGGAUAUAUUUACGUGAUAAUGGUAUUCUUGAAGAUAUGCUCAAAAGCGAAUUAAAGAAAAUUAUUGGUGAUUUAAAGCUAUAA